AUGGCCCAUUAUAUCAAAAGAGUUGUGUUUUCAAGUGCAUUUUUUGCUGCUGGGUUUGCAGGUUUUGCCAAAGUUUGGCCUGAAGAUUCAAAAGAAGUAAACUCAAAAAGAUUAUCUGAACAACGUGUGGAGAUUUUGGAAACCAUCAAAAAAUCGCCAAACUACAUUAAAUUAUUGAGAGAUAAUAACUAUACUGGUGACGUUCACUCUUCUCGUAUUCCAAGAUUGCAUCAAAAGGAUCAUGUUAGUCAAGGGUUACUGUUUGGUCCACAGCAUUUAGAGAUUGACCCAUUGGUGUUCACGAACCCUAAGGAUCAAGAAUUACAAGCAUACUAUCAUCUAGGUAAAAAACUAACCAGUUAUGACGGGAAUAUACACAAUGGUGUGAUCUCAACAAUAUUGGAUGAACUCUUAUGCUAUUGUGGAUUUCCUGAACUUCCUAGUCGUAGGGGUGUCACCGCAAGAUUGUCAAUUGACUUUAUUGAUCACGUUAAACCAGAUACAACAAUCUUAUUGAAAGCAAAAGUGAAAGAAGUCAAAGGAAGAAAAGUUGUUAUUGGAGGUCAUAUCGAAACUGUGGAGAAACAUCCUAAAAUAGUAGCUACUGCUAAUUGUGUUUUGGUUGAACCUAGAUGGUUCAAAUACUUCAAAUGGCUGAGCUUAUUCUAGAUAUUCCAC